UGAAGAGUACUGCAUGUCCUUCGAAGGGAUUCACCUUCCCCAGAUCCCCGGGAAGCUGCUCUUUGGCCUGGUGAAGCGCUACCUGUGCGUCACUUUUCUUGUGGACAAGCUCAGCAGUGGUGCGGAGCAGGGAGGGGAGCCGCAGGACCGCGCCGUGUCCGGCUCGCUUGGCGGGGAGAGGAGCCGUGUGAAGCAGGAGUUUGAGUUCAGCAUGGCUAUGGCAAACCUCAUCUCGGAGCUGGUGCGCGUGAUGGGCUGGGACCACAGGCACAAGCUGGAGCUGUCGUCGCCGCAGGGGACGCAGCCUCGCACCGCCCGCUCCAUCUUCCAGCCCAAGGCUCCAGCCCGCCCU